UGGACCAUGUCAUUUAUUUUUUGAAUACAAAGAAUUUUUUUUUUUAAAUUAAAAAGCUAUAAAAACAGAGUUAUUGUUGAAGUCUAAAAUGAAAAAAAUACAAGGGAAUGAUUGCUUGCAAAGAAUUAAUUUUCUUUACCAAAUAAGUAAAAAAGUAGUAGAAAAGAACCCAGCAUUGUCUGCUUACUACGGGAAUCUCGCACUUAGUGUGGCAAAGAAAAAUGUUUUGAAAAUACAUCCAGACAUAAAGAGACAAUUAUGCAAGAAGUGCCACUGUAUACUCAUAGACAAAAAAUCGGCAAGAGUCAAGAUAAAAAAUGAAAACAAAAGAAAACUCAUUCAGUUGACUUGUAAUACUUGUAAGAUGAAUAAAUAUUUUCCAGCCAAUAAAGGGAAAAGUCAUAGACUAUGGCUAGAGAAUCCUGAAGCUAUUGUAGAAAUUGUAAAUUGACUUUAUUUAAUAUUGCCAUUGGUAGUUAAUUUGAAUAUUAUUAUCUGAGUAUUAAAAAAACCUGCCAGAGAGAUGGGAGAAUUAUUGAUUAAGGUUAAUCUUUCUUUAAAUUAAAAAAAAAUGUUUAAACACUACAUAUGUUUAUUAACAAUUUUGCAUUUAUUUUUAUUUUUCGUAAGCUCAAUUUGUCUUAUAUAAAAGUCUGAUGAAAUAA